AUGGCGAGCGAUGCAGGAAAAUCUGACGAUAUUGAACCUGCCUCGGCAGUUCACCAUGAGCGCACAAGCAUCUCCCCGCCACGGAAGGGUAUUGCUGCCCGAGAUGCAGAUGUCGCCAUGGCUUUGUUCGACUCGCCAGAGCAAAUUCACGAGCCGCUCGACCCAGUCGAAGAGCGGAAACUCGUGCGAAAGAUUGAUUUCAUGAUCAUACCAUAUCUCGCUGUCUGCUACGCAUUCUUCUAUAUCGACAAAACAACCCUGUCCUAUGCUGCAAUCUUUGGAAUCCGGGAGGAUCUCAACUUAAAAGGCGCCGACUAUAACUGGUUGAGCUCGGUUUUCUACUUCGGCUUCUUGUUCUGGGCCUUUCCGACCAAUUUUUUAAUGCAGCGCUUACCAAUCGGAAAGUAUUUAGGCGUUAAUAUUUUCUUUUGGGGCUUUUUCUUAAUGCUUCAGGCGGCCGCAAAGAAUUUUGGACAGCUAUUAGCUCUUCGUUUUCUUGCCGGCGCGGCAGAGGCUUGCUCCGAUCCUUCCUUCAUGCUGAUUACAUCAAUGUGGUAUACGAGAAAGCAGCAGCCUGUGCGCAUGGGCUUAUGGUACACUGCAAAUGGUUUUGGCAUUGCUCUGGGCGGGUUACUCGGAUAUGCGAUUGGUAGCAUAAGAGGCGCCCUCCCGUCUUGGAAGUACGAAUUCCUAAUCAUAGGGGCAUUAUGUUCCGCGUGGGGGAUUGUUAUGUUCAUCUUCCUGCCCGACUCUCCGGUCACAGCGAAGGGUCUCUCGAGGGCCGAAAAGCGCAUGGCAGUCCAGCGCUUGAGAGAGAACCAGACAGGAAUCGAGAAUAAACAUUUAAAGGCGUAUCAGGUCAAAGAAGCAUUUCUUGAUAUCAAGAUCUACCUCUUCUUUGUCCUCGGCGUCGUUUGCAACGUCCCUAAUGGAGGCAUAUCCAACUUCGGCACGUUGAUUAUUCAGGGCUUCGGGUUCAGUACGCUGGGCACCACAUUACUGCAGAUUCCUUACGGGGUCUUGAUCGCUAUUAGUAUUCUGGCAUGCGUUUACCUAAAUAACCGAUUCGUGAACAGACGCUGUAUGUUCAUUCUCAUCUUUUUGAUACCCAAUAUUGCCGGGGCAUUUGGUCUACGCUACAUUGGCACCGAGCAACAAGCCGGAAGACUUAUUGCGUACUACUUGACUGGUCCGUACAAUGCUGCCUUCGUUAUGAUCCUUUCACUCCAGACUGCGAACACAUCCGGCCACACUAAAAAGGUUGUCACCAAUGCCGUUCUGUUCCUGGGUUAUUGCACUGGUAAUGUACGUCCUAUUGUUGGCCCCUUUUUCUACUUGACCAACCAGGCACCCUAUUAUGAGCUUGGAAUUUGGUCAAUGAUUGUCUCCCACCUCAUCGAAGUGCUUCUUAUCAUUACAUUUUGGAUCCUCUUGAGGAGAGAAAAUAGACGUAGAGACAAGAUCCAGGCUGCUAUGGAAGGUGGGCUCGAAGGGCGAGACUUGGAUACCACUGCGUUUGCCGAUAUGACGGAUAAGGAGAACUUGAACUUCAGGUACAUUUAUUAG